AUGAGAUAUCUAAUAACCUUUUUACUCCUUCUUCCAAUUAUAUCCUCAACGUUCGCACAUUGUAAUAGGAGAUGUUGUUCGAGUUGUUCAAUUGAAACCUGUUGUUAUGAAAACCCACCGUGUUGUAACCGCUGCAACAACUGCAACUGUGAAGACAUCAUUUGUUCCAGUAAUAAAACGGAAUCCGAAACUGAAUUAAUUGAUUCUACACAAAAAACGGUUAUCGUUAAUGACAAGAAAUCUGUGCCAAACCAAUCGAAUCUUACUGUUACAAUUUCAAACGAAAUUAACCAAAACAAUACUUUGCAUAACCCGAUUAAUGUAACAACUAUUAACGAAAAUAAUAUAUUAGUACAUUCUGUAGCAGAUCGCAAAUCUUCACAAAUUAAUGAAGGACCUAAUGGUACUAACGUACAAAUAAUUCGAGUUCCGUAUUAUAUUGAUAGACCAGUACUAGUUGAAGUGGAAAAAGUUGUAGAGAAAAAAGUAUACGUUCCGGUUCCAUCUAAUGAAACUAAAAUUAUUGAGAAAAUAGUAGAAGUACCAAUUGUAAAACCAGUGCCGUAUUUCGUUAAUAACACCCAAUACGUACCUGUAUCAACACCCGUAGAUAGGCCUAUAAUAUACCCGGUACAAGUUCCAAUUGAUAGACCAAUUCCUUAUUACAUACCAUUUAAUCAAACUCACUACAAGUAUAUAUUAGUAAAUGUUCCAACGUAUAUUGAUAAACCAAUUCCAAUGCCUUAUCCUGUUAAACACACGGAAUACAUAACCCAGCACGUACCAGUGCAAGUACCAACGGUUGUUGAAAAACCGGUUAGAGUUCCGGUUCCAGUACCCCAUUAUAUUGAAAACGUUGUUAGUGUACCGAUCGUUGUCGAUAAAUUGACUCCGAUUCCCGUACCAUUUAAGGAGAUUCAAAUUGUUAAUAACCCGAUUCACGUUCCUGUACAAAUUCCAGUACCAGUUCCAUAUCCUGUAAUAAUACCAUGUAAGUAA